AUGUGUGCAGGGGACAUGGCAUCAUACCUCUAUAAGACCUUUCAAAAUGCGAAAACCAUAUUCCAGGUACUUUUGAGCAGAGUCUCUGGACAGCCUAUUGACGACCGGGCCUUACUACUCGAAGGCAUCGUAUCGCUUCUGCAAGAUCUGCCAUCUAAUAGCCCGGCGAAUGCCACAAUAUCUUCCGCAUUCAUACGUCUACUCUGGCACGAGGUACCCCAUCCAUCUGCCACUUUAAUUGGACCCGAGUCUCGAUACCGCCGUCCAGAUGCGAGCGGCAACAAUCCUUGGAUGCCGAUGGCGGGAAAAGCAGGCUCACCAUAUGCGCGAAACGUGGCACCUAGCAAGCCCCGAAGCCAUAUCCUACCAGACCCGGAACUUGUCUUUGAUGCCCUGCUAGUCCGAAACGGACCGUUCCGUGCUCAUCCAUCGGGCUUGAAUAGGCUCUUUUUCUCUUUUGCAACAAUCGUCAUCCAUGAGUGUUUCCAGUCAUCGUACAAGGAGCCGUGGCGAAAUGAGGCGUCGAGUUACGUGGAUUUGAGCACGCUAUACGGUAACUCGGAUGCAGAGCAACACGAUGUGCGGACGUUCGAGAACGGGAGGAUCUAUCCGGAUACUUUUGCCUCGAAAAGGCUCUUGAUGAUGCCGCCUGGAGUAGCUACUGUGCUACUUCUAUUCUCGCGUAACCAUAACCGUAUUGCGGAGAACCUGCUACAGAUAAACGAGGAAGGGAAGUACGGUUCCUGGAAGGACCUAGACAAAGACCAGAAACAAUGGCAAGACGAAGACAUAUUCCAAACCGCGAGAAAUAUCAACGUAGGCUAUCUUGCGAGCGUCGUCCUUCGAGAUUACGUUGCUGCAAUCCUCAAUACAACGCGGGCUAAUUCAGACUGGUGGCUCGAUCUAGGCCAAGAGAUGAAAGAAGGGACCAAGCGUACUGAGCGAGGCAGUGGCAAUACCGUUUCAGUCGAGUUCUCUGUUCUAUAUCGAUGGCACGCAUGCGUUAGCGCAGCCGAUGAUGAGUGGAUGAAGAAGACUAUGAGUGAAGCAGCGCCUCAGCUAACUUCGCAAGAGCAAUUAACGCCAGAAAUGCUGCAUGGGAUAUUGGCCAAACGAGCCUCGGCAUUGAACUCAAUUCCUUGUAAGGAGUGGACGUUUGGUGGACUUGAGAGGGGCCCAGACGGAAGCUUUUGCGACAAAGCAUUGGGAAACAUUCUGAAAGAUUGCAUUGAAGAACCUGCCCAUGCGUUUGGAGCACAUGGCAGUCCUGCAAGCUUUAAGAUUGUCGAAGUUCUUGGACAGAUCCAGGCACGCGAACAUUUCAAGACGUGUACUAUGAACGAAUUCAGGCGAUACCUUCAUUUGAAGCCUUACAAAAGCUUUACAGAGUGGAAUCCGGACACAGCAGUUGCUCAUGCUGCAGAAACACUUUACGGCAAUAUCGAGAGUCUUGAGCUUUAUCCUGGUCUCAUGGCUGAAGAGACUAAACCUGCGACAGCCGGUAGCGGUCUCUGCCCUGGACAAACGAUGGGACGUGGCCUGCUCAACGACGCGGUGGCACUGAUUCGUGGAGAUCGAUUCCUAAGUCAUAAUUUCAACUCCACCUCUCUCACGAAUUGGGGAUUCUCCAAGUUGAAAGAGCGACAACCAGGAAGCGGUGGUUUCUUCUUGCCAGGAUUGAUGCUCAGAGCGUUGCCAAGUGAACUUGACGGCACUUCACUAUAUGGACUCAUGCCAUUCUACACACCCACGGCGGCGAUGAAGAUUUUUGAAGGUAGAAACGAGCUAUCGCGUUAUAGCAUUGAGCGUCCGCUGUCAGACCGACUCCCAAUAAUUCUUCGAAAACACCAGUCAUGUAACGCAAUAUUUCAAGAUAGUGAGAGGUAUGUCAUCUGGAACUGGCCAGCAAGACGUCAUACUGGAGCCACUAGUGCCGCCACAGAGAAACACAUAGUGCGAGAUCAAGUUCUCAAUCGGGCAUUCUUCGAACAAGGCUUCGAGAUCAAAGUUUUGAGCUUUGUACGCUUCCAUGUGCGCAGAUAUAUCCAAGAAAGAUCGCACAAGUUCAACGGUGGGAAGAGAUCGAUAGACAUUGUCAACGACGUUACGAACAGAGUGCCGAUAGACUGGAUUGCACAGAAACUUGCAGUGCCUAUCAAAGCAGACAAGAGCGCGGUCGGUCUUCACACGCAAGAUGAGUUGCGAGAAAUGCUGCUUGGCAUGUUCGCACAUCAGACACUGAAUAACACUCCAGAGAAAGAAUGGUGUUCUCGCGAGGUCGUGACUCAAGCUGUGGAAAAGCUCGAAACUAUAGUCGAAUCUCACUUGAAGAUCCAUCGUAUGUCACUUGACUCCCUGACGUCCUGGAUUGCGCGUGACACCGCAUUCGAGAGCAGUGCGGAAGCAGUCCGUCUCUAUUGCGCGCUUGGGAAAUCCUCAAUAUCACCUGCAGACUUGCCUGCGGACUGGAUAGCUAUGGCCGCCUCACUCGCUGGUAAUAUGACAAACUACGCGGCGUAUAUCAUCGAUCUACUUCUUAGUCCUAAGCACGAAAAGGCCAAGAAUCGCAUUGUGGAGCUGGUGCAUAUGGGGGAAGGGGAGUCGACAAGUGAGUUGCUCCGCUACGUGUAUGAAUGCGUGCGACUUUGUGGUGCGGUGCCAGGUUUCGUCCGGACUAUCACUCGUCAUAUGAGCCUGAUGGAUGACGAUGGCAAAACUGUGGACGUGACCGCUGGAGACAAGGUUUUCGUGGUGACUUCGGAAGCCGCUGUAGAUCCCUCGGUCUAUCCGGAUCCGCUAGAGAUUCAUCCCGACCGGACAACUCAAGGAUUCCAAUUUUUCGGUCCCGGAACGCUCUCCGAAUCGGGUAUCAGAUGUAUUGCAUACACUCUCAUGGCCGUGCUGAGAGAGGUAUUCAGGUUGAAGAAUGUUCGGAGGGCAGCUGGACCUAGAGGUCGAUUCUGCGUGGUGGAGAAUAACGUCUUUGGGGUGCCGAUACGAUCUUUCAUCGAUGCGGACGCACGCGAGUGCCCCUAUCCAACAUCUCUAGUCCUAGAAUACGAUCCUUAGGUCAAUCCAACUAAGUGAUUCAGACAUCUCCUCGUCAAGACUAGAGUGGUGAACUGAACAAACCUCCUACGGUCAGAUGGGUUGCUGUUCGGUAUUGAUAUUUGAUUGAUGACACGCAUGCUUGGCUUGAUCCAAGCGGUGUGAGAACUUUCGCUGUG